AUGUCCUCCGGCGAAGAAGACAACUCGGCGAACAAGAAGCGCAAGCUCGUCCGUGCUUGCGAUCUCUGUCGCGGCAAGAAACUGAAAUGUGACGGUCUUGAACAGCAAAAUGGGUGCUGUACUCGGUGCGUCACCCGAGGGCUGGCCUGUACGUACCACGACGCGAUGCAGAAAGCGACGUAUCCCAGAAGCUAUGUGGAGAAUCUGGAGCAGCGCCUCGAACGCCUCGAGCAGCUCCUGAGUGGCAGAGCUUCGCCCCCCGGGACCUCCGGCAGCUCCCCAGAAUCACAGCGCACGGAGGAUGUGACGUCCCCAGAAAGCUCCACCCGGCGGGAGAUCGUCGACGCCGUGAACCCAUCCAGUGCGCCUCUCAGGGGACCUUUCGUCGCCGACGACUCGGCGCAGAAGAGUGAGACCCAUUUAGAUGGCCAGGAUGCGAGCGAGGCUGGACUCUUGGCUUCCCUCGCCCGACUCUCUGUCGACAGGCCCUCGUACCGAUACCAUGGCAAUUCGAGCGCCCUGGUCUACAUCCGCGCUGUCAUGUUCCUCAAGGCGACUCCCGCGGCACUGUCGGAAGCUCGCGAAAAACAGGCUCGUAUACGUUCGCGAUACGCUCAGCGACCCUGGCUCAGGAGAACGAAGUUCGACAAGAUGCCGGUAUUCACCCAGUUCCCACCCGAUGACCUGAUGUACGACCUCAUCGAUCUUUACUUUCGGGAAUGGAACGACCUCAACCCCAUCCUCCACGAGCCUACCUUCAGAAAGUCUUUUGACGCGGGCGUGCACUACCAUGACGGCGGGUUCGGCGCGACGGUGCUCCUCGUCUGUGCCAACGGUGCUCACUUCUCCAACGACCCACGUACAUUCCUCAAAGACCACCCAGAGCCGGAGUCAGCGGGAUGGCAGUGGUAUGGAAUGGUUGAGGAGGCCCGGAAGAUCGCCUUGGCCCCCGCUCAGCUGUACGACCUGCAAAUCUAUGCGCUCAUGGCGAGCUUUCUCUUGGGGACGGAGUGCCCACAAGCCUCAUGGACGCUCCUCUCAAUGGGCAUUCGAGCCGCGAUAGAAGUUGGCGCGCACCGGAAAACGAUGUACAGCAGCAAACUUACUGUCGAGGAGGAGCUGUGGCGUCGGGCCUUCUGGUGGCUUGUGGCGACCGAAUGGCAGUCUUCGUACGGCCUUGGAAGACCCCCGUGUGUCCAUGACGAGGAUAUCGAUGCGCAUCUUCCGACGGAGUGCGACGACGAGUACUGGCUGAACGCUGAAGGGGAGGCGGUCUUCCAGCAACCUCCAGAUAAACCUUCCAGAAUCACUGGGUUCAACCUCAGCAUUCGCUUGGCUCAAAUCGUCGCGUUCGCCUCAAGAACACUGUAUGCGCUUAACAGCCCACAGUCGUCCACUGGUGAAGAACGUCGAUCCCGUAUCGUCACAGAGCUCGAUUCGGCUCUCAACAACUGGGUCGACUCACUACCUCCCCAUCUGCGGUGGGACCCUGAACGGACCAACAUGUUCUUCUUGAAGCAGUCCACAUACCUCUACGCCUACUACUACAACGUGCAGAUUGCUGUCCAUCGACAGUACAUGAUGGCUCGGACAAACCCAUCAUCUUCGUUCCCCUCCCUUAUCAUCUGCGCCAACGCAGCUCGCUCCUGUGUCCACGUCGUCCAUGUCCUCUACAAGCUCACUGGCGACCCGUAUCACAGAAAUAUGAACUGGUUGUUCUGGGCAGGUUUGACAAUUGGCAUGAAUAGCUUGGGCGAGCAACGUUUCGGUCGGCCUAUCAGCGGCGUCAGUCGGGACAUCACGCUGCUCGAGAAGUGCGUAGAGAUGCUUCUGGCCAUGCGGCGCAGUGUGCACGUAACUGGCCACGUUUCCGACAUGAUCGGCAACUUGGUUGCAGCCAUCCACCCUGAACAGACCCUGCGCAACCUCCCUGUUCACGCUCAUCACGAGUUCCCCGCAACUCCGAGCACCGACGCGUCGAGCAUGACUCCGUCGUCCGUGCCAUCGGACCGUGUUUUGCCACCAGCGGAUCCCACCGAUGCCGCCUACUUUCACAACAGCACCCACUUGUCCGCUCAGCCGUCGGCAUCACGAAGGCUAAAUCGCGAGUCGGGGUCCUUUGAGCUUGGUUUCAGCACCCAGGACCUCUCCCGCGUCCAAGUGCCGACCUCGUGUCCCCCACGCGGACCUCCCGUCGAUCCACUCCUGCAGCCGGGACCCCUCUUCGGCGAUACAAGCGACGGCGCGACGCACACGCUCCGCUACAACGUGGGCCUCGCCCAGCUUCCCGCUGUCGCCGGCCCAGGAGGAGACCUCGACGCCGAGAUGGCGCGCAUGGCGCGUGCGCACCAGCAGCAGCAGGCGUACUUCCUCGGGGCGACGAGCGGGCCGGCGAACAUGCAGCCGAUGCACGACGAGGUCCCGGACCUCGCGUUCGUGGACGACAUGCUCGCGCAAUGGAAUAAUGCCGCGCAGAGCUUCGUCGGGUGGGACGAGUGGGCAAACUUCAUCCCGCCGUCGAAUGGGCCAGGGUCUUCAGGGGCGUGA